AAUGCUGUUCGUUCGAACACCAGCUAGCUAGCUCACGCAUCGUUCACAGAGGCGAGAUCAUCAAGCGGAACUUCAAAAAAAGUUGCCAAAAGAUGGUAUCAAUUACCUGAUUAAAUAAUCCAACAAUGUAUGUAUAGAGAAAAUGUUAAUUUUUACUUGAUUCCGUGGAAGCAGUCUACCCACAUGACCCACAUACCAUCAACCCCACCCAAAGUUUCCCGAUCUUGAACUGCAGUCUUCCACUCAUCCCAAUGCCUCGGCCUAAUCAAAGAUGAUAGAGAGAUCGGAGCAGGAACAUCCUAUUCGGAGGAUCCAAGAGGAUCAUCAUCACCUCUGCGACAUCUCAGUCAAAGCGGAGAGUAGUAAACAUGCUGCAGAGUAUAAUCCACCCCAGUGGAAGGAGGUGACAGCAUCCCUGGCUGCUGGGGCAGUAGCCGGAGCAACAGCCAAGACUGCCAUUGCACCGCUAGAUAGAACAAAAAUAUUGUUCCAAACAUCUGAUAUGCAAUUCAGUGCUCGAAGGGCUUUAAGGGUGAUCCAGCAAGUUUACCACAACGAGGGAGUUUUAGCAUUAUGGCGUGGAAACUCGGCUACGAUGACGCGCAUUAUCCCUUACGCUGCAAUCCAAUAUGCAUCUCACGAACAGUAUAAGACUCUGCUAAAUCCGAGCAAAGCCCCGAGUUUAGAACCAUUACCGAGGUUCCUCGCUGGAUCCUUGGCAGGAGUAACAGCCUCUACACUCACUUAUCCACUAGAUUUCAUCAGGGCUCGUAUGGCUGUAACUAACCGAAAAAGUCACAAGACUAUGGGCGGCAUCAUCAUAAAGACGUUACGGACACACGGUUUUGCAAGUUUCUAUCGAGGCUACCUCCCCACGGUGCUGGGAGUCAUCCCCUAUGGCGGAAUCAGCUUCUUCAUUUUUGAAACUUUGAAGAAAAAACACAGAGAGCUGACCGGUCACUCCCACCCCAAGCCUCUUCAGAAUAUGGCGUUCGGCGCUGUGGCAGGACUCGUCGGCCAAUCCGCAUCUUACCCCCUCGACGUCGUCCGAAGGCGGAUGCAGACCGCCGGAAUAACCAAAUACUCAUACGACACGAUUGUCAAUACAGCCAAGGAUAUUUACCACGAGGGCGGUAUUGUCAGGGGAUUGUACAAAGGACUGAGUAUGAACUGGGUUAAAGGUCCCAUCGCUGUGGGAAUAAGCUUUACGACCUACGACCUGGCCCAUCGGUUCAUUCAACAGAGAGUUCUGCACGAGGACGUAUGAUGAUUCGAACUGAAGUAGCACCCGUUUCAGACAGGCACUCCAGAGUCGCGCCGAAAAAAUUAAGUACGUAUGUACAUGUAAGGUUUGACGUCUGGAAUAGUUAAGGAGCGACUGGAUGUGCUAGAAGUCAAAAGAUCAACUCUUGAGCCCCUUGGUUUCAGAUGUUGAUCUUGUCAUGAGCCGAACCUACAUUGUAUAGUAAUGAAAAUGUUAUUGUUAAGUUCGCCUGUCUCAAACCAAAGUUUAUUUGGGUCCUCCUAGAGUCGCUUGGAUCUUUUUGAUUCGAGGCUCCCAGGCCCGUCUGAAAUGGGUGCAAGAUGCAAUCGACACCUGCCAGAGCUGUAUAUUAUUUUGAUAUAGACAAGCCAGGUUCACUCAGGGUUUACUAAUUUUAUUAUGCUGAAUAAUUCAAACCCCUUUAUCUUCAAGUACGUGCUAAUCCUCCAAUCGGAUUUGCAGAAUGGAGUGGUGAUUAAAACCUAUAUUGCACGGCUAAUAUCACUACCAUGCGUCUUGUGAGUUCCAUGGUCACGCGCCAAAUUUGCUUGAAGAUAAAUACGUUAUCACACUCGCGCUCGUGGAAAUAUGGAAAAUAUAGUGCCUCUGAGUCCCAUAUACAACUCAGCCUUCGGCCUCAUUGAAUAUGGGACGCAGCAGCGCUAUAUUUUUCUGUAUUCCACUCGUGCUUGUGUGAUGACUUAUUUUGUUUUUAUGAAAGUCACCCUAAUGUAGGGCAGGAUGUAAGCUCUUCUAAACGCGUACAUCAAUGAAGCACGCUCACUAAGGUCAUGCUGUGGGACAGGUAGUUGAAUGGUAACGCCGUAUUCGAUACUGCCUAUUAUACUGUUUCUGCAUGGAGCAAUGUAUGGCAUUUCCGCUUCUCCGUUACCAUUAGUUGGCCAUUAUUAAAAACUUUUUUUUUAACGCACAAGUGUUAACCUUCUUCCGUUUUUUUUUUUAAUAGAAACUUAUGUAUCACUUUAUAUUGGGUGCAUAGUUGUAUGGCAGAUGAUUCAUAUUGUGACUUGUUUGUUUUACAGUUUAAAGAGGGAUAUUCUAUAUUGGACUUAAUUAAUGACAUUUGAUCAUUUCAUUUAUUGCCUAGUCCCCUCUCAGCCCCCUUAGCAAGUAAUGCUGUGGUCCCUCCCCAGUGGUGGAUUUCAUAGAGCUGCUAAAGCAGAAAUAAUGCUUAAGACUUCUCUACUAAGCAGAAAUGAGCCAGUCAACUUAUGCAUUCGACAUAGCAGUUUGGCUUGUAACCUUAUUUUGGUAAGCACAGUUUUGUUGUGCUUAACAACUUUUUUUGUGCUUGAGGAGCUCUAUGACAUUGGACAAUGGUUUUAUACAUUCAUUGUAAGAGGUGAAUGUUGUAGGAGAUGCAUAGCCCCCCCCCUAUUUUUCCCUCCAAUAUCAAAAUAAUAUCCCUAUUUCCAUUGGAAGUUUUUUUGUUUCAAGCAACAAGAUUUUAGACCAGGUAUUUUUAAGUUAAACAACAAAUAACCAGUACCUAGACCUACAUCUUUUGUAUCAAGUAACAGAUGCCCUCUUUACACACUAUAAGCCCUUUCCCAGUCGUAUACAAUGUACCAUAUAAAAUCCAAUUGGUCAUGUUCUCCAUCCAUUUAUAAAAAGGGCUGCAUCUUCACGAUCAAAGUACCAAUUUCAUAGAGCUGCUUAAGCAGACAAUUUUUGCUUAACAAUUCUGUGCUAAGCAAACGUUAUGAGGAUACCAGUCAAAGAUGAUAUGCAUGUGAUACGGUAGAUUGGCUGGUAAACUUAUUCUGCUGAGCAUAAAUUUUGUCUGAUUUCUGUGCUAACGCAGCUCUAUGAAAUUGGGCCGAGGCUUGUGGCUGUACCUGGGAUUAUGAACUCUCAACCUGUUAUAACAUGCACCCCACUCUCCCAUAGAUGAGGGUGUCAUUUCAUAGAGCUGCUGAAGAACAAAAAGUAGCAAAGCACAAUAAAAUUAUGCUAUCUAGAUUCAGGUUACCAG